UAGCUAGUUACCACAGCUACAAAGUCCAAAUGGUCUGUCGUACAAAUUAAUGAAAACAAAAAUAACUUUUUGGUCUUCAUUUAUGGUUAACUGUGUUAAUGUUAGGUUUAAAAUCACAUUUUAAGAAGAUAAAUUGUAGAAAUAGGCGGCCCGUAUCACUUUGUGGCUAUAGUAACUAACGUUAGUGACAAGUCAGAUCAUCCCACUGCGUGAAGUCGUUUGGCAAAUAUGUCUGCUACGGAUGUAGGCGGUUGUGGACCCGGAGCAGGACCCAGUUCGGGUGCUGGGUCCGGGGCAUCAAACCCUCGAAAAUUUAGCGAGAAAAUAGCUCUACAUACCCAACGUCAGGCUGAAGAGACUGCUGCUUUUCAGGAGGUUAUGAUGGAUAUCACCUCUACCAGGAUCCAGGCUCAGAAAGUGCGUCUGGCUAGAACCCAGGGCCCGUACUAUGGGGGCUCCCUACCCAAUGUUAAUCAGAUCGGCAGGAACCCAGGCGACUUUCAGGGUUUGUUCCACUCUAACCUGGACUCCAGUCGCUCCACACGGCACCACGGCCUGGUAGAGCGGGUCCAGAGGGACAGACGCUUCAUCUCCCCAGGGCGUCCCUACAGGAAACAAGUGGACAGCUCUCCGUACAACUCAGCCUAUCUGUCCCCGCCUCCGGACACCAGUUGGAGAAGGAACUGUUCGGGCAACUUCCCAGGAGACAAAAGCCAGUUGUUUCGCCUCCCCACCAUGGCACUCAACAGGACCAACUCAGACUCUGCCCUCCACACCAGUGUGAUGAACCCCCCUGCAGGAGACCCCUUCAACAAUGGACACACACUCACCCUUCAGGGCAGACUCACUGGUCAGAGUGAAGGAGAGGGGAGAAGAAUGUUUCCGUACCCAGUUCCCCCCAUUGAGGAGAACAUUCUGGAUCAGGGCAAACUGCUUAAGCCCUGGGACACCAAGAAGUUGCCCCUGCUGUCUUCUCGACCCAAGUCCUGUGAAGUUCCCGGUAUCAAUAUCUUCCCCUCCCCUGACCAGCAGUCCAGCACCCCCCAUGCUCCCUCAGCCCUAAACACGGGUGGCUCCCUGCCCGACCUCUCCAGCCUGCACUUCCCGUCACCGCUGCCCACCCCGCUGGACCCAGAUGAGCCGGGCUACCCUUCGUCCCUGAGUGGGGGCAGCAGCACGGGCAACCUGGCCUCCACCCUGACCCAGCUGGGCAUUAAUGCCAGCAAUGCCUUCUGCCACUCGCCAGGUCUCCUGGCAUCUCUUCAGGGGACUCUCAGUAACCCCUCCCUGCAGUCCUCGCUAAGCAACCCCAACAUCCAAUCAUCUCUCAGCAGCCACUCCUUCCCAAACUCCCUCAGCUCCACCUCCUUGCACUCGUCGCUUAGCAACCCGUCCCUGCAGUCCUCCCUUAGCUCCUCCCCCUCCCUCCAGUCUUCCCUGAGCAACCAAUCCCUGCACUCCUCCCUCAGCAACUCCUCCCUGAGUGGCCAGUCCCUCCACACCGCAUCCAGUAACCCUAGUUACAAUAGCGGGGUGGGAGGGUCCGGCUCGUGCUCCUCUUAUUCACCACUGCUAACUAGCCAGGGGCAGUCGCCUCUCAGCACGUUGCCACGGAGACGAGCUCAGCUCUCCCCUCUGAUCCUACCCAUGGGAGGGGAGUCUCGCCGACACCACUCCAAACAGUUCUCCCCCACCAUCUCUCCUAACUUGUCCUCCAUAACACAGGGUGUCCCUCUGGACACCAGCAAACUCCCUAUGGACCAGAGGCUCCCUCCCUACCCCUUCAACCAACCCCAGCAGCAGCUUCAUCAGCCAGGUCCUCCAGCAUCCCAUCAGCCCCAGCAGGCCUCUCAGGUAGGACAACAGCUCUCCCAGCCGUCCGUGGUACUGCAACAACAAAAUCAACAACAGCAUCAACACCAUCAGCUGCAUUUGCAACACCAGCUGCACCAGCAGCAAUGUGCCCAGUCUCAGCAGGCCCUCCAGCAGCUGCACCUGCAGAACCUGUGCAAUGCCCAGAACCAGCAGAUGCAGCACCUGCAGCAGCACCAUAGGGUGUCGGUCAAAAUUGAGAAGCAGGGUGAGCAGGGCCAGAACUCUCAGUGCCUGCAGACGCAAGACCCGCAGUCAACCCAGCAGCAGCAACAACAACAACAACAGCAGCAGCAACAACAACAACAACAACAACAGGACCAGCAAGACCAACUGCAGCAGAUGGAGCAGCAAAGGCAGCAGGGAAGUCUUCCCCAGCUGCAGCACAUCAGCCACUCCCUGGCCACAGACCUGGGCCUCUACAACGACACAUUACUGUUAAACUCUCUGUUGGAUGAUCCCUACCUGGGCCUGCAGAUCGCCUCCAGACAGAACCAGCAGUCUCAAUUCAACAUGGAGACUCCGGGAGACAGCCUGUCGUUCAACCACGGUGGCUUGGGCUGUGGGAGUGGUAGAAAAGGCCAGGAGGAAUCCUACCACCCCAACCAUGGCUUCCUGGAGCUUCACGACUCAGGGGAUAGGCAGCACCUUAACAACCAGAACUUUGGGGGAGAGGGAUGCCACAACGUCCCUAACAUCAUCCUCACAGGAGACAGUUCGUUGGGCCUUUCCAAGGAGAUCGCCAGCGCCCUGUCCCACGUGCCAGGGUUUGAGAUGGACUCAUUUGCUCUGGAUGACCCCCUCAGGAUGGACCCCCUGGCCCUUGAGGGGCUGGGCAUGCUGGACGGGGACUUCAUGCUGACCGACCCCGCCGUGGAAGACUCCUUCCGCUCCGACCGCCUCAAGUGACCCUCCCCCAGGAGUGGAUACGGAGGAGUGAGGAGGGAAGGGGGUUGGAACGACCCCAGACUGAAGUGGAACAGGUGGGGUUGAGCCCUGCUUUGUUUCCCCCUUCUUGGCGAUUGACCCAACCACAGCAUCUGCGAAUAAAAGGGCAGGUGGGAGGUUUUGGACAGUCUAGUGCAGGGAUCUCUGACUGGUCCCGGAGAGAAACUGGGAAGCAGGCUGUUGUUCUACCACAGCACUAAUACACUUGUCAAUCUUAAAUCUGGAUCUUGAUUAUUUGAAUCGGGUGUGUUAGUGCUGGGCUUGAAUAGAAUUCUACAUGCUCUCCAGAACCAGAGUUGGAGGCACCUGGUCUAGUGGGGACCUCUCCACAUGCUUUUUGUGAGGUGAUGUGGUGGUGGGGAAGGUUGGAGGACAGGACUGACAUGUCAGUGGUGGAGCAAGUUCGUUUACGGUUCUUUCCACUACAUCCAGGCAGUUAUCGAAAAUGCACUUGUGAUGCUUAAGAGAAAAAAAGAAAAUAUCGGCAUUAGCUUGUACGAGUCUUAUCUGCAUGUAAACAAAUGCACUUCGGAUAAUGCAUAAACGCAGGGAUCACGCAUGAGGUCAGUUACACUUGAAAAUGCCGUCUUAAAAACCAUACCAUAUGCAUUCUAUGAGACAGGACUUUCCCGACUGGUCUUUCGGCUUUGUCUGUCUGUGUUCCAUCAUUCCAACGCCAGUAUGGGGAGGCUGGAAUAUCGGCCAUGUUCGCCAUCUUUCUACUGCAAGAACACACAGUAGAUCUGGAUUACAUCAACCCAACCAGAGACUGUUCAACCAAUAGUUGCCAAUCGACAUGUCAUUAAGUGUUUCCAUUUUAUUUAGGUUUGGUGAAGGUAAUUCAAUGGAGGGCCUUGCUCGCUAUAAUUCAGAUAUGGUUCAGUCUUUCAACGGACAAGAGAAGAAAGUGUUUGUUUUGGAGAGGUGACUUUCUCAGUCCCUUGGGACAAGUUGGCACUUAUUCAUUUUAGUGUCUGGACGGCAUAUCCGUCUGUAAGAUUAUCACUGUGUCUGUGUUCAAGACCCAGCUAAAUGGACCUUUCUCAUUUAACGUCUGUUAACUUGAAUUGUCUUGAUGGUUCCUAAUUGAAAAAAAUGUACUAAAUCAAUCGUCUAAGGAUAUUGCCCUCAUAUUGAACCAAGUAGUCCACAGAAUCCAUUAUCCAACUCUCCUGUCUAUAAAAAAAACAACACAGAAAAUAACACAUUUCAUUGCACCUGUCUGGUGUGUGACAAAAUAUUUUUGUAUUCUUUUUUUAAACAUUUUUAUAUGUCCCAACAUGACAGCUGUUGCCAUUCUGCCAGCCUGCUUCUAUACCAUUGAGCUUCUCAGUAAGUUUAAGCUGAGGACCUUUUGCUAUGUACCACCCCUGUGUGCCUGCUAUCUUCUGCUCAGAUCUUAGACCUACCCUCUUCUGCACAUUUCCUUUAAAGCAACUAGGGACUGUUUGUUUUUAAAUGUGUGCUAUUGACAAAGUGUCUGCCUUCCAUCAAGAGAAUUGGCAUUGUUGAUAUGAAAAAGGCAGAGGAAAAGGAAAAGCCCUCAAUACAUUUCAAUUACAUGAAUUGGAGUUGUAUGUUUUAUCAUUGAGUAAUUGGGAAAUGGCAAGGCCAAAACCAAGUAGACUAAUGCAUAGCAACAUUUUUGCCAUAGUAUAUAUUUUAACUGCUACUACUAUCCUAAGGCCUUGGAGCUUUAGUGUCCGUUUUAGUCAGGUAAUCCUAGCCACUGUGAUUGACACCUCUAACCCCUCCCACCUGCUGCACCUGUCUUGCCAGAGCCAGAUUAUAGUAACAUAUUUUUAUGUAACAAAGUAGUUAUUACUAUGAAGUUUUAUUUUUUAAUUAAAGGUGGUCUGCCUUUGUAUAUAAAUGGAUAAAUAAUUGAGAGUAUAUUUGAGAAGAGAAGCCUUUUGGUUCCGCAACACCCUGAAACCGGUUGCAUGAUUUGAAAAGCAACAGGUUCUGAAAAAUGUAGUCCAUUUGCUAUGCAAAGUGUUAUUGUGCAUGUCUCGUGUGACUGUCUGGGAGUUGCCAAAUACAUUUUUUUUUAUUUAGUACAUUUGCAAGUAGUACAUUUGCAUCAUACUAUUGUAGUGAAAAUACAUUUUUUUUAAACUAAUUUUUGGGGGCUUUUUUAUUGGUUUUUAAAUUGUCACCAAAGCAAAAUAUGACCAUGUUUGAUAUUGGUGUCUGAAGACUACUGUAAGUUUGACAUUGUGUGGCAGCAACAGGAAGUUAGUGCUUGAGAUAAUAUCGUUAAACUUUCAUAAUGACAAAGGUUAUGGAAAUCAGCCCUUCUUUCCAGUGUGGACUGAAAGAGGCCAUGUUUGACAGACUUAAUAAACACAAGCAUUGCAAUUUGGAUAUAGAAAGCUGUAUGCAACUGUUACAUCAUAGAUUGGUGGUAACAUCCAUCCUAAAAUGAAGUAGUGCUGUUCUGAAGUUGUGCUAACAUAGAGUUUAACCCCCUUAUUGACAGAUAUUGAAUUACCUCUAAUUACCGGUAUGCUUUAUUUCAACCAUAUUGCUUUUACACGGAUCAUAUGAGCCAAAUGCAAAUCUUUUUUGACAGGAGUGGUGGUUGAAGUGGUUUGAGUAUCAAACCUAUGGUAAAACCCAUUCACUACUGCCCCCUAUCCAACAGUAAUAGUGUGGGUUUGCAAAGUCUCCUUUUACCACUGUGAGCCAAUGUUGUGCCUCGACGUAAACUCAGCAAAAAAAGAAACGUCCUCACUGUCAACUGCGUUUAUUUUCAGGAAACUUAACAUGUGUAAAUAUUUGUAUGAACAUAACAUUCAACAACUGAGACAAACUGAACAAGUUCCACAGA